ACAGCCUUCAAAGACAACCCCACAUAGAGCAUGUUGCCGUUUUCAAGGCAACUCUGAGACAAAGCUAUUACAGAGUUUUGUUCAGAGUGGGAUUGCCCUUGCCUUCAUUUGAGAUGUCUUGAAAAGGUUUCAUUUCCAUGUCAACCAAACAGGGAUAUCGGCUCACGUGGCGGCUUCUUUUUGUCCAUUGAAGCAGGGAUUUAUCUCAUUACUAUGGCUAAGUCUGUUCAACCAGCCAUGUCUGCAGAAGAGCAAAAGCGCCUAAUAGAUUAUAAUCGGAUGAGGGAAUCCAACUGCUGGCUGGAAAGCAAGCUUGAAUCAACCUGGCUCAGGCCUCAGAGGAGACAUUAUCCACAGUCGAACCGGACUUCAAUGGAAAAUUAUAUAGUAGAAAAGCAUGAAUACAUUAGUGGGAGGACCUCUUGGAUAAGGAUAACUCCUCCUCAGAACAGAGAAAAAAGGCAUUUUCCAGAAAAAGACCAUGCUAUCUUUGGCUGAUCUGUUCCUCAGAAGCUGUUUCUGUUGGAGUACUGGGCAGCUGAAUGAAAAACAUUGUUGUCAAGUUGUUCCUUCUUUCAUUAAACUCUACAUGGUUUGAAGAUA